AUGUGUCGUUUUCUGCGCUACUGCGUGAGCCACUGUCUGCACGCCGCAAUGACCAGGCUGGAGGAGGUGAAAGGAGCCAGGCUGGAGGAGGUGAAAGGAGCCAGGCUGGAGGAGGUGAAAGGAGCCAGGCUGGAGGAGGUGAGCGUGUGGUCCUCAGUCCGGAUGGUGGGCUCCUUGUCCGGCGUGAACCUGCUCCUCGCCCUGUUCCUGGGUCUCUACGUGCGGUGGGAGAAGACUGAAGGAUCCACGAUACUUGUCAUCCUGGUGCUGGCGCUGCUGGUCCUGGGACUGGCCAGUGUCUUGCAUUAUUUCUUCAACAUGGAAAGACUGAGCCUGAGUUUGUUGCAUUUGUGGUUCGGGUUCUUGCUCGGACUACUCUCUUUCAUUAACCCCGUGUCUGUGAGGACUGACGUGAAGGAGCGAGCGGCUAAUUACAUGUUGUUGGCGAGUAUGGUGCUGCGGACCAUGUGGGCGCUGUUGGAGCGGCUGUUCGGAAGGACCAGGUUCCGGCCGGCCUUCCUGACGUCUGCGGAGCGUGUGGAGUUAUGUGGCUUCGCUGUGGCCAGUACGACUCUUCUCAUUAACAAGUCUGUGUCUGUGUCUGUGCUGCUGCUGUCUCUGGGCACAGUCAUGGUCGCCCUGAGGCUGAAGGCUCUGCUCUCGCUGCCAUGUCUGGUGUCCUUCGCCGUGGUCACAGGAGCCGCCUUCUUCCAGUCCCUGCGGCUGGACGUGAACCCGUUGGCUCUGUGCUGUUUCUUCUCACAGUUGAUCUGUGACCCGCUGUUGGACCUGUACUUCAGUGGUCUGUCUGUGACGCAGCGAUGGCGCCCGUUCCUGAUGUGGCGAGGUCUGUGGAGGAGGCUGUCUCUGCUGCCGCUGCUGCUGGUGGAGGUGGUGUUCCUGGCUCUCUGUGCCCGUAAGCUCCUGAACCUUGACCCCUGGUUCCUCCUGGUCCCUGGCUUCAUGGUGACCUCUCUCUUCUGGAGCAUCUCUCACCUGGUCUUCGUGGCGACCGUUUGGGGCUUUCACACCAAACUGAGCGACUGUCAGAGGCUCUGCUGGUCCCAGGGGCCGGACUUCAGUGGAUUGGACAAGAUCAUGGCCUCCAAAGGAAUGAGACACUACUGCCUCGUCUCAGAGCGCCUCCUGCUGUUCACUCUGGGAUCUACAGUGGCUGUGGGAGCUCUGUGCUGGCAGUCUCCUCCCUGA